AUGAAGUCAGCCAAAACAACCUCGGCGGAUACUCCAUCCAGCAGGAGAUCUCAACCCGUUCGGCAGACACGUACUAACCCUCCGCGCGUCUCUUCUGGUCUUCGAGGAUCAGCGAACGGGCGGGAUUCGGCCACUGGUGGCUCUGCCUCCGACCAACCCAUCGACAUCUUUCCUGCCAUUACAUACUUUUCCGACGCCAUUGCAGCUCUUCCAAAGGAGCUCGUUCGACAUUUUACACUUCUAAAGGAAGUCGACGCCAAAAUCUUUGCCCCCGAAGAUGCGCUCUUUCAACUUGUCGACGCUGCCAUGAACGCACCCCCUCCGCAACCUCGACCGCUGAACGAUGCAUCCAGUAGUGUCGCGCCGGCUUCCGCUCCGAUGAGCGCGCAAAACAGCUCAAGCGGAGUUCCUCUGGGCGCCAUUGCUCCCCCUCCCGCCCCGUCGACCGACGGAUCCUACGCAACCUCCAUGUACGACCCCAGUAACUUGCCACGGCGACAACUUUUCCGACAGACUGCCUUCAAAAUCCAAGAGAUGCUGGGAUCAUUGGAAGAGAAGAAUCACGUCAUUUCCACUGCGAACGACGCUCUUCAAAAACAGCUUGCCCGGAUUGACGACGUUUGGCCCCAUGUCGAGAGCGAGUUCAGUGACGAGGCAAAAUGGGGGAGUACUACACAUUGGGCAUACCCUGAAAAUAGAGCUGUCAGCAAGGCAGCACACGCUGAACGUUCAAGGCGUGAAGGUGCCGCCGCUAUAUCUGCUGCUGCCCAGCAGCUGGCGGAGGAAGCUGCUGCUAGAAGUGACGCGAGGAAACAGGCGGUUCAGGCGAAGAAGAACCAGAAGACGCAGCAGCAAGAAUCCGACUUCGACGAUGGAGAAGGCAAGAACAAGCCCGAGGCCGGCAAGAAGGGACACGGAGCCGGUAAGGUACGCAAGGCGGCCGAAGCUGCUGCCAAUGUGGGCCUAGGCAUCACCACAAACGGGACAACAAACGGAACAGCCCCUCAGCCUAAGAGACGCAAGGUCGAGAAGACGGCCAAUGGAAACAAUGCAGCUGGCGCUAUGAGCACAGUCUUUGGAGGCAAUGCAUCGAAAGCAAAGACUACAAGUCCCAGAGAGACCCCAGCCCCAGAAGGCCAGGGCCCGAAGAAACGAAAGGCCCUCCCGUCAGGCACCGGCCAAGCAAAGAAAAGACUACCCAGCAGCAAAAAUGGCGUUGCAGGCAUGUCGCCAUCCGUGACGUCCUCGCCAGUUCUUGGCACUUUCCCCGACCCCCCGUUACCUCGAGGCUCUCCCGCCCCGGUCGUAACCCCCGUUCCCCCAGCCCCUAAGCCGCCGACUGCUUCACGAGCCAAGCAGAGCACUGCUCAGGCAGCCACGGAGGGGGGGAAACAAUCUCGGCCGCCAUCAUCUGCAUCUGUCAAGACGAACGGGGCUCCGCCGGCCACACCCGAGGUUGCACCACUGGCAGCUACGCCAAAGCCUGUCACCGAUUCGAAGCCGCCCGCUAAGGAGCCGUCCGCGCCUCCUGUGCCGGAGGUUACAAAAAAGGAGCCUGAGCCAACGGAGACGGUUAUCAAGCCAAGCAUACCCCCAGCGAAGCAGAAGAAGGAGACGCCAAAGCCAGAGGAGCCGCAGACACCGGUGGAGCCUCCACCGGUACCUCAGACUGUUAUCGCUGCGACUGUGACGAAGAGUGGACGUGCUAGCAAGCCGUCAACGCCGGCAAUGGCCACAUUCCAGGAUGCGGCAAGACCGAAAUCAGCCCGUAAUACGGAAGGCAGUAACACAGGCAAAAGGAAGAAGAGCAAUGCAGUGGCGACACUCAAGGCUACCAAGACGGCAGAUGAGGCCGAAGAAAGUGAGGACGUUGAGGAUGCAGAAAUCCGGGCAGGGAAACGCAGUUACGACUACACGGAAGACGAACCGACAUAUUGCUACUGCACAAGCGUGAGCUACGGCGAGAUGGUAGCUUGUGAUGCAAAUAAUUGCGAGAGAGAAUGGUUCCACCUCAAUUGCGUAGGUCUCAAAGUGGCACCGAAGGGAAGCUCAAAAUGGUACUGCGAAGAGUGCGUUCAGAGGUUUGCAAAGCAAGGCAAGAAACUGAACCACAAGUACAAUCUGCUCCCCGACGCCAUGAAUAUUCGCAAGCAACGGGGCACCCAAUUUUAA